GUAAUCCUUAUGUUUAGUCAUAAAAACACAUCGUAUAAAUAAUGAUUGAAUAGUGGAAGCCGUUUUCUCGAAGAAAAAAUCGAGCCUAAUACAACUUGCUUUAAACUUUCUGAACAAGAUAAAGACAUUGUCGACAUGGUCUACAACGCAACACAUACAGUCACAAGUAUAGCCUCUGACGUGAUGAACAAAGCACUCGAUGUGGCAGCGUCCAGUCUACGCACAAUCGAGCCCAAAACAGCUCAUGCUCACUUUGGUUGGUCAGCCUUAAAGGCCACUGCUACUCUUAUAAGUGGUGUCACUGCUGCUGCCUCCGUCGUCUUGGACUCUUCUCGUGAGGGCAUCGUUCAGAUCGUUCGUAAAAAAUACGGUGACGAUGCGGGAUAUGUUGCCGAGAAAACAGUAGGCACUGUAUCUCAUGUGGCAGACUUGUUGGUCUAUUUUGAUGCAAAAGGUAUUUCUCGAAGAGUAGUCCUCGGAGGACUGGCCGGGCUUAAUCAAACACGACAGGAAGAACGAGAGGUUGUUUUUGAUCACAGUGAAGAAGCUGUGGUAAAACACUAGAUCUAUGCCAAAGGCAUAGGCUUUGCCUUGACAGUAAUAAUAAAAUUUUUGUGUGUUGUACAAUAUGAUGUUGUGAUGACUAUGUAAAAGGCUAGGUAAUUUCCAUAACUUUCACGUAAAAGACUAUGCACUGUCUUAAACAACCUACAGAACAUGUUCAAGUAUUUUCAGU